CUGGCUCACUCCACUUCACUUCACACUCACCCUGCAGAGUUCCAGCUCCCCCAGCCCAAGAUGAUAAACAACAACCGGCACCACCAGCUCCCGCUGCCGUCGUCCAUCGUCUCCUCCGUCCAGCAUCACCCCUCUCACUCGCAGCUGUCUUCUCCAACUCCGGCGCCGCCAUCCCCAGCAGCCGAGAUCUCCAUGGACCCGCGCGUGUGGCGCCGCCUGCCGCCGCCGCUCGUCGACCGCAUACUCGCCUGCCUCCCGACCCCCUCCUUCCUCCGCUGCCGCGCCGCCUGCCGCCGCUUCUACAGCCUCCUGUUCUCCUCCCCUUUCCUCCACUCCCACCUCCUCCUCUCCCCUCACCUCCCCUUCUUCGCCUUCCUCCCUCACCAGCAACAACCCCCUUCCUCCCACCUCCUCCUCUUCAACCCAUUAUCAGCCCAAGCCCAGGCCCAAGCCCAGGCCCGUGAAUCGGCCUGGUCGCUCCUCCCGCUGCAGCUCCCGGCCUUCUUCGCCCCCGCGGCAGCGUCCGGGGGGCUGCUGGCGUUCGUGUCGUCGGCGCCGGGACACAAGACGCUGCUGCUGGUGAACCCGAUCACGCGGCUCAUGGCGGCUCUCCCGCUCUGCCCCGGCCAGCGGCUGUGCCCCACCGUCGGGCUCGCCGCUGGGCCGACCUCCAUCGUCGCCGUCGUUGCGGGAGACGACCUGGUGUCGCCGUUCGCGGUCAAGAACAUCUCUGCGGACACUUUUGUUGCCGAUGCGGGCUCUGUGCCGAGCUCGGGCUUCUGGCGCGCCCCGGCCUCGCUCCUCCCUCGGCUCUCGUCCCUCGACCCCCGCCACGGCAUGGCAUUCGCCUCCGGCAGGUUUUACUGUAUGAGCGAGGCGCCGUACGGGGUGCUGGAGUACGACGUGGCGGGGAACGCUUGGAGGAAGCUGCAGCCGCCGAUGCGGAGGUUCCUGCGGUGGCCGGCGCUCGUGGAGCUCGGCGGCCAUGGCAGGGGAGAAGGCUCGUCUUCUUCGUCGAGGGUGGGGCUGGUGGCGUGCGUGGAGAAGAGCCGGCUGAGCGUGCCGAGGAGCGUGCGCGUCUGGACGCUCCGGAACGGCACCGGCACCGGCAAUGCCGGGGCGUGGAGCGAGGUGGCGAGGAUGCCGGAGGAGAUCCACGCGCGGUUUGCGGCGGCGGAGGCGGGCCGCGGGUUCGAGUGCGCGGCGCACGGGGACUUCGUCGUGCUCGCGCCGCGCGGCGGGGCGGCGGGGGCGGAGGUGCUCGUGUUCGACGCGCGAAGGGAAGAGUGGCGCUGGGCGCCGCCGUGCCCGUAUGUUGUCGGCGGGGGCGGGGAAGGGUUCAGGGUGGUGCCGUACGAGCCUCGCCUCGCGACGCCGGCUGUCGGGCUGCUCGACGCCGCGACGCCCGUGGCUUUGCAGCAUGGCAUGCAUGGUUAGAUCGAUUAUAUAUCAGUUGUGUUUUACUAGUACUCCUUAAUUAGUUGUGUCAUGCGUGCAUGGAUGGAUGGAUGGAUGGUCUUGCAUGUUAAGUUCUUAAUUAAUUGUUGGUACCAAAGGUCUGGUGGUAUGUCGUAAUGUGUGGUUGAGACUUAGUUAUAUGCAAAUGCAAGUAUGCAUACAAUUUGUUUAA